AUGCUGCGUAGAACUUUCUUCCUGCUAGCUCUCUUGGUGCAGCUCUCUUUUGGUGCCGAAAAGGUGGCUUUCAAGGUAUUGGUUAAUAAAAUUCAAUUUCUUUCAGGUAGAUCUUGUGAAGGACGCUGAAGACUUUAUUCGAGAUGUUUUCGAGAAAGACACCAAAGCAGACGUCUUACCAGGACAAUUGGUCACCCCUCCUCAGCACGACCACGGCAGCCACGACCACGGCAGUCACGCUGCUUCUGGACAUGGAGGUCAGGCUUUUUUUCUAAAAAUUUUUAUUUUCUAAAUUCAUAUUUUUGAUUGCAAGAAAAGGUUCACUGUUAACCAUAAGUAAAGUGCAAUAAAGGCGAUAAAUUUUUUUCGAAGAAAAUUUGAAGCCAUCUGAAUUUGGAAAAAUGGCAAUAAAAUCUUUUAUUUAAGAAAUUAAUUUUUUUCACAAAAUUUUCAAAAAUUUUUAGUAGGUACCGAGAAAUUUUUUUCUGUUAACGAACGCUGCCCUAAAAUUAAUUUAAACUUUUUGUAGCCAUAAAUUUUGUUUCCAUAACAAUAUCGAAAUUUCUAAGGAAAUAUUUGAAUCGAUUCAAUAAAGCUCUCAAAAAAACGCAAAAAAAAUCAAAGCUAUUGAUCUGAUAAAUAGAAAGAAAAACAUAUCAAUUAAUAGCAGAAUUUAAAAAGAACGGGAACCAUUAAAAAAAUGAUUCCAGAUCAUGUGAUGAAGAUGUACUUCCACGGUGGUUAUGAAGAAGUGAUUUUGUUCGAUUGCUGGAGAAUCGAUUCUUUGAUUGGUAAGGUCUUGUGGAAACACUGCACUCCUGAAAAUGAUGACUUUAAGGACUUCUGGUAUCUUUUGCUGCCAUAUUUGUGAUGGGAGCGACAUAUGAAGGUAUCAAGUGGUUCCGAGUCUUCCUUCUUUCGCAACCUGGUCCCUCGCGAAGCAAGAAUUUGACGGAGGUAUGUUUGUUUUUUUUACGACUUGAACUGACAAAGGAGUGAAAAAAGUCAAAGUUCAAUUUUAUGACAAUCAAGCUAUAAGAAAAUAUUCAAUCUCACGUUUUCCGCUCUUUUCUAGUGUAGUGUGUCUUUCUCGCCACCGGAAUUUAUUAAAAUGGGCAAUUUUUUCUUCAUUUACAAGAUGAGAAUGUCAAAAAUGACCUGGAAAACUCUGCGAUUUUUGAAAUCCGAUGCCGAUAAAGUUGCUUACUUGCUUAAUGCAUUAUGCAAAAUAUACAUUAUGUUAUGCAAAUUACCUUAUGCAAAAAUACCUAAAUUUGAAGAUACAUUCCUGAAAAAAAGUCUUCAUAGGUUUUUUUAGAUAUUUACAGUUUCCUUUGAAAGUAUAUUUUUGACUGAUGUCUGAAAAAUUAUCAAACAAAAAGGCUUCUUGCAAAUUUAUGACUUUUUGAAAGCAAAAGUGUUUACAAAAACGCAAUAGAAUUUUUUUUUGUAAAAAAUCUUUUCUUGUUCAUCGAAACUACUGUUUGUUCAGAUUCCUCUGCACACUUCGCACGGAACCCCGGGAGUCGCAACCUGCACGCCAAACCGUGCUGCUACGGAGCCAUUAGUCAUCCAGAAUGAAUCAAACCUUUCUCUCAAAAAGUCCGUUUUUUGCUCAUGAAACGUUCAAAAAUAAAGAGGGUGAAAAAAAAAUUGUGGAGAUGAUAUUUAAAAAGGAUCAGCUUCAACUUUUGUCAAAUUAAUGAUAUCUUUCAGAAAUUCGCUUUUCUUCCCUCCAAGACUCAUCGAGGCCGUUCUGUACAUCAUUCAGCUUGUUCUUGCCUACUGGCUCAUGCUCAUUGUGAUGACUUAUAACACUUGGCUGUGUGAGUUUUGUUUCCAAAAAAACUUCCUUUUUUUCAGACAAAAUAAAUCUUUUUUUCAUCAGAAUAAUUUCACAGUAUAGUUUCUAUGAAAUGGGUUUUUUGAGUAUUAAAUAUUUUUUUACAGUUGAUCAAAAAGCAUUAUUUUUUGCCAGUUCAAAGUUCUGGUUAAUAUUUUGGCCCGUUUUCAAAUGAAAAAUCAAUUUUAGCAAUAGUGUUAACAAAUUCAUAUAACUGUAAAAUCAAAAUGUUAUUAUUAGCAAUUGCCGUUGUCCUGGGAGCUGGGUUCGGUCACUGGAUUUUUGCUGUUCUGAAGCUUCGCAAUGCUGACGGAGAAGCCGCAGACUCUUUUGUCACAGACGCCUGUCACUGA